ACUUGUACCGCACGGUACAGUAUUUUGUGGCCAUGGCCACGAAGGCAUACACGCUGCCGACGGACAUUCCUACAGAGACCGUGACAAACAUCCGGUCUCUGUUACGGAUCGUCUCGCUUGCACUCAUUUCAGCCGCGGCCAUAUCCUCAAGAUUGUUCGCCGUUGUCAACUUCGAAAGUAUAAUUCAUGAAUUCGACCCGUGGUUCAAUUAUCGUGCUACGAGGCUUCUGGCAGCCAAGGGAUUCUACGCAUUCUGGAAUUGGUUCGAUCCCACCGCAUGGUAUCCUCUUGGUCGUGUCGUAGGAGGCACCAUCUACCCUGGCCUCAUGGCUACCAGUGGUGUCAUUUACAACGUUCUCCAUGCUUUGAAUCUGCCGGUCGACAUUCGGAACAUCUGCGUGCUUCUCGCUCCUGGCUUCAGCGCCCUGACCGCUUGGUCAACAUACAUGUUCACAAAGGAGUUGAAGGAUGAAAGUGCGGGUCUACUCGCGGCGGCGUUCAUUGGCAUUGUUCCAGGAUAUAUCUCUCGUUCCGUCGCAGGCUCUUACGACAAUGAAGCCAUCGCCAUUUUCCUCCUCAUGUUCACCUUCUUCUGUUGGAUCAAGGCGUUGAAGCUUGGGAGCGCUUUCUUUGGUACCUUAGCGGCGCUAUUCUAUUUUUACAUGGUGGCGGCUUGGGGCGGUUACGCUUUCAUCACGAACAUGAUACCGCUCCAUGCGCUAACGCUCAUUCUGAUGGGCAGGUUCAGUAGCAGACUUUAUGUUGCGUAUUCGUCAUGGUAUGCUAUCGGAACGCUGGCCAGUAUGCAGGUUCCCUUCGUAGGGUUCCAGCCCGUUCGCACCAGUGAACACAUGGCUGCGCUUGGUGUCUUUGGCUUGCUCCAGAUCAUCGCGUUUUCGGAACUCGUACGAUCGCAUGUUUCCUCGAAGCAGUUCCAGACUCUGUUAUACGCUUCCGUCAUCGGCAUGGGCGUCCUUGGGUUCUCCGGCAUCGUAGGCCUGACGUACAAGGGCUGGAUUGCGCCUUGGACAGGCCGCUUCUACUCUCUUUGGGACACAGGUUACGCCAAGAAAUACAUCCCAAUUAUCGCGUCUGUCUCGGAGCAUCAACCGACCGCAUGGCCAUCUUUCUUCAUGGACCUGCACAUUCUCAUUUUCCUUUUCCCCGCCGGCGUCGUCAUGUGCUUCAGCAAGCUUCGUGACGAACAUAUCUUCGUCAUCCUUUACUCGGUCGUUGCUAGCUACUUCGCUGGCGUUAUGGUCCGUCUGAUGCUGACUCUCACCCCUGUUGUCUGCGUCUCCGCCGCCGUUGCUCUUUCAUCUCUUCUAGAUACCUAUAUCGACCCGACCGAGCCUGUGCUCGAGGAGGGAGAAUCGGCAGAGUCUGAGGCCACCCCGCAAGACCCUACCAAGAAGGUCAAGAAGACCACUCCCCCUAGUAACUCCGGUUCCUUCGGAGAGUACCUUGCGAGGUUCACUGGCAACACAGACAAACCGCGCGGUAUUUUCGGUGUCAGCAACCGUCUCAUCGUCUUGUUCAACACCUUCGGCAUGCUUGUCUUCUUUGUCAUCCACUGCACAUGGGUUACGUCAAACGCAUACUCUUCGCCCUCUGUCGUCCUCGCGUCCACAGGCGCUGAUGGCAAUGCUCACAUUAUCGAUGAUUUCCGAGAAGCAUACUACUGGCUUCGACAGAAUACUCCUGAGGAUACUGUCGUUAUGAGCUGGUGGGACUACGGAUAUCAGAUCGCGGGUAUGGCUAACCGCACGACCCUAGUCGAUAACAAUACCUGGAACAACACUCACAUUGCAACCGUUGGCAAGGCCAUGUCUAGUCCAGAGGAGGUUGCAUAUCCCAUCUUGCGAAAGCACGACGUGGAUUAUGUCCUGAUCAUCUUCGGCGGUCUCAUCGGGUACUCCGGAGACGACAUCAACAAGUUCCUCUGGAUGGUCCGCAUCGCCCAAGGCGUUUGGCCCGACGAGAUCCAAGAGCCGAACUACUUCACCAAGACUGGCGAGUACAGGGUAGACGAUAGAGCGUCUGAAACCAUGAAAAAUAGCUUGAUGUACAAGAUGUCAUACUACCGCUUUAACGAGUUGUUCGGUGGCCAGCAGGCCGUGGACCGUGUACGUGGGCAGCAAAUGCCUAAGGAGGGACCCGUUCUCGACUAUAUAGAGGAAGCAUUCACGUCGGAGAAUUGGAUUGUCCGUAUUUACCAAGUUCGGAAGGAAGACUUGCUAGGUAGAGAUUUGAAGGUCGCCAAUGCUUUCGAGCAAGGCAGGAAGCGCAAGAAAACGAAGCCUCCUGUGAGGCGCAGGGCGCUUGCAUAGAUUUCUGGUGUUUCUAAUAAAGUUCUUUUUUGAUG